AUGGGCCCCUGUACCGCCUCCCCAUGCUGCUGCCAGGCCCGUAAUCUGCCAUGGGCCCCCGUACCGACUCCUCAUGCUGCUGCCAGGCCCGUAAUCUGUCAUGGGCCCCUGUACUGCCUCCUCAUGCUGCUGCCAGGUCCAGAGUGUGUCAUGGGUCCCUGUACGGCCUCCCAUUGCUGCUGUCUCUAUCGCCACACUCUGCCAUGUGCCACUUUCAGGUCUCCUCACACUGCUGGUGGUUUCCAUUUUUGUCAUAGGGUGCUGUAUGGCCUCCAUUGCUGCUGCCUCCACCGCCACACUGUGGCUCCACACUCUGGUUUUGGCCCCGUGACUGCCCAAAUGAGUGAAGUGUGCGGUGAUUCUAAGAUCGACGGCACUCAUCUGCAUGUCAUACUGACUGACAGUAUUAUUUCUCUUCCCCAGCAGACUCCAAGGGCAUUUAAAUUAAAAGGU